CGCGAUGUCUGACAUCCAGCCCUGCCUCAGCAUACAGUACAUAGGAAGUGAAGUACGCACACUAACAUUUUCAAACCUAUUAAAAAGACACAAUGAGCGAAAUAAAACCAAAAGAAGCGGCUGCAGCUGACAAAAAGGAAGCUGCGACUGAGGAAAAGGACUGGGCAGCUGCUAAAGCGCACUUUGAAAACUUAAAAUCAACGAAACCGAGACCUCCCAAGCCAAUACAUGCAGUUACUAUCGCCGUUUCUUCCCGGACCUUGUUUGAUAUGGUGGAGGAAAGGAAGAUAUUUGUGGAAGAAGGAGUGGAGAAGUAUGUUCAGUAUCAGCAGGACCACGAGAGUGAGCCGCUGAAACCAGGACCUGCCUUCCCUUUCGUUAAAGCACUGAUGACUGUAAAUGAACGACUGAGGAAGCUCUAUCCUGACAGUGAAGAGCUGUUUGACAUUGUUCUCAUGACCAAUAAUCACGCCCAGGUUGGGGUGCGACUCAUGAACAGCAUUAACCACUAUGAUAUGACAAUUGAGCGAUUCUGCAUGACUGGAGGUCAGAGCCCAAUUGGAUAUCUCAAGGCCUACAUGACUAAUCUGUAUCUCUCCAAAGACUCCAAGAAAGUCCAGGAGGCCAUUGAGGAGGGUAUAGCAGCAGCCACCAUGUUUAAGCCUGAUGUGGAGACUCAGCUGUCUGAGACUCAGCUGCGCGUGGCCUUCGAUGGGGAUGCUGUGCUCUUCUCCGAUGAGUCGGAGAUCAUAGUGAAACAGCAUGGCCUAGACACAUUCUUUGCGCAUGAAAAACAGCAUGAGAACAAACCACUCGCACAGGGUCCUCUUAAGUGCUUUCUGGAGGCUCUUGGGAAGCUCCAGAAGAAAUUCUACGCCAAAAAUGAGCGACUGAACUGCCCUAUCCGCACCUUCUUGGUGACGGCCAGAAGCGCGGCCAGCUCUGGGGCCCGCGUGCUCAAGACACUCAGAAGCUGGGGCCUGGAGAUUGAUGAGGCUUUGUUCCUUGCCGGGGCUCCUAAAGGGCCCCUGCUGCUGAAGAUUCGCCCGCACAUAUUCUUUGAUGACCAGAUGUUCCACAUUGAGGGAGCCAUGGAGAUGGGCACUAUUGCUGCCCAUGUACCAUAUGGGAUAGGACAGAAAUAUAACAAAGGGAAGCUGAUUGAAGCAGAAAAGCAGCAGAAAUAAGAGAUCGGAAGGAUGUUACAGGUCAGCCACUAAAGGAGUUCAUUAUAUAGCUUACACUGUUUAGAUGAAGAUAUCUUCCUUUUACUUGCAACACAUAGGAGCUGCUGUGUAGAAUUAUGUUUUCUAAACAUAUAUUUUUUCUCGCACAAAAACUGCUAAUGAAAUUGUUUUCAUUAGCAAUAAUGCUGGAAAUUAUUUUUUUGUUUAUUAGACAUCUCAAAGGCUUACUGUUUGAUGUUUUGAUACUUUCUGAACUUGUAUAAUAAUUUAUACACUAUAGAUCUAUCUAUCUAUCUAUCUAUCUAUCUAUCUAUCUAUCUAUCUAUCUAUCUACUUCAUGUUUAAUAAUUAUUUAUAUAGAUAUAUAGAUACUAUAUAUUUCUAAGGAAUAUUUGGAAUAUCUGUUUAUGGAUUUGUUUUUACGGCAUUCAUAUAACUAGAUGAUUUGACCUAUAUAUUAAUAAAGGUCUGUCUUAUCAGAUUAAACAAACACUUUGAAAUCUUUUUGGCCAGUAGAUUUUCAUAAUAGAUAUUAUGACUGUUCUGUAUGCACUGUUCUUAUUUUUGAGGAGGAAUGUACGUCACUUCAGAAGUCAUUAAAGUGAGAUUUUUUCUGUGCAAUUCAGGCCGAUCAUCUGGGCAUUAUGGUGCUUUCAGUUGCAAAUAUUUACUGUGGGGAUAUGUUCUUAUCAGUGUUCUCUGGGGUUCAUUUGCUUUCCACACUUUGCUUGUUUUGCAUAUGACAGUUACAUAAUGUGUUGAUGUCUCUGCUUGUAUUAAAAUGAUCAAAAACACUAUUAAUUGGUGUUAAGGUUAUGUUGCAUGUCACUGAAUGAUAAAAUAUUUGUUAAUACUGUUAUGUGAUGUCUUCAUUAACUCCUAAACUCCAGAACGCACUGCCAUUUGUAUGUUUACAAAUGUGACCAAGCAGUUUCACUAAAUUAUAUUUUAUGUUGCGUCGGUUUUGUUUUGUUUUUAGGCUGCUGGGUAAAAUUGGAUUCCAGACCUGUAAUUGUGAUAAAUAAAGGUGUUUAUUUAGAAAAAAA